AGCUGAAUUGUCACAUUCCAGGGCAGCUAACUUAACGCCGAUCUCGGAAAAUUUCCUAAAUUUGCUCGGCCGGCCGUACAAAUUUUCUCAUAUUUACAGCAUUCAACCAUAAAAUCUCAGUGUUUUUAUUCUAGAUUUGUGUUAAAGAAUCGUUUAAGUAUAGGAAAAAUAAAAAAUGUAUAAAGCGCAAUCCGAAUAUACGCUGUAAAUGGCUGAACAAUUGUUUGCUGAAAUGCUGUAAAGAUUAUUCGCGACGUCUGGAGUAGUGUCCAUUGCAAUAAAUAUGUGCGGCGUGAAGAAACAGUAAAGGUGUUCGAUAAAACGACAUACGGGGAAAUCAAGAAAAAAGCAGAGAAAGCGAGUAGGCGAAUAUUGUUACGAGUAUUGAAAACUAUAAGUUGGAUGAACGGAAAAUCGUUAUUGCAGUUAGCUCUUGAUAACUUGCACAAAACUUUGCUGAAAACAAAGUGAAAAUCAGAAAAUUAUCAAUAUCUAUAAAUUUCAAUUAAUAAGUUGUACACACGCACUAGUAUGCAACCUUCGGGUGGAACUGGUAAAAUCAUCACAUGAUUAUUGAUGGUCCAAAAUUAAACCGAACAUUUAGAAUAGUGCAAUUUACACGCCUAUGUGAAAAACACCAAUCGUAGUAAAUGUGUGUGCGUGGACAAAUAAUCGAAUCCGAAGCAGUAGUGAAAAAAUCGAUUUGAUACAACAAAAAACUACACAUUUGGAUAUGCAAUAAGUAAUUGUAUGCAAAUUUUAAUAACGAAUAAAUAAAAUCGAAUUGAUCAGGAUUUGCAUCAUAAUAAGCAGAUGCAGAAAUAACGUUAACAAUUGGUUGGUUCGUGUAAAAGUCCUAUAGCCGAAAGAACUGGUCCAAAUCUACCAUCAAUUGGCGACCCAAUGCGCUAAUAAAGAAACAGAUCCGCCAGCUGUAACUGGACAUCUGACGACUACAGUAACAGUAGCAAAUGCAUUUCCAACAGGCUAUGUGUUCAAAAAAUGCCCAGAAAUGCUGCAAAAAAAUUAAUUAACGACGAGGUGUGUCUUCCAAUACAAACAGCUAAAAUCAUAACAGAAACAAUAAUUCUUCUGAGCCCAGAGAGCGAUAUACAGCAAACUAAAACACCAACAGAAAACACUAUAACACAACAACAACAGCAACAACAACAAACACAGGAACAGUUAAGCGAACAAAUAGAAUCAGAACAAAAACAACAAGAAGAACUACCACAACUACAACAAGAGGAAGUUAAGAACCGACGACAACGUAAAAAACGACGAGGCCGACAGCGAUCUAAGAAACGUAUAAGUAGUAAGACUAGCGCUGGUUCAGAUAGUGCGAAACCAACAAUAGAAACAAGUGAAGAAGCUGUUCACAAAAAGCCCGCAAAUACCCGAAAGUACGCGUCUAGAAAACGCUAUUCCCCACCAUAUUUCCCAACACUUUAUCCGCUUGUUAUCGAAACUAGCGCGCCAGCGGAGUUACAGAGCGUUAGCGGUAGCAGUAAAGCGGGUAACGCAGCAGCAAGUGGCCCGAACGCGGCUGUAGCGAGCAGCGUUGUCGGUGCAUCGCAGACACCACGCCCACCAGUUGGCGCCGGUGGUCGACGUCCACUGCGCAGACGCCGAAGCGUCACCAAUUUUACUAAACGCAAGAAUAGAGCUAAAGCUAAAGCAGCGGCGGCGGCGGCUGCGACCGCAACAUCCUCUGCGGCAAAAGUUCACGUUAAGAGCAAGGAAACUGUUGAGCGCCUAGCGACCUUACGCAAUCGCAAGAAAUUAGAGGAGCGCGUCAAAGAGAAGAAAAAGCUUAGCGCUGCGGGAAGAGGAAGAGGAGGUAGUGACCUGCGAGUAAGCAGACACACAGCUUGGUUCCAUUUGGAUGAGGCGUUGCUGAACAAAAUCGAACCGCUCGAGGCUGAGGUGAAAAAGGGUGGUAACAAACGCAAACGCGACAGCAGUAUUGCAGCAGCGCGCAAGCGUCACACUAACACACAGAAACUAACGCCGCCACCGGCGUUACAUUUAGCGGCAACGAGCUUUGAUUUUGCAGCGCUCCAUUGCAUUGGCGUGCUCCCAGCGGCUGAGAUUAUCGCUACGCCAAACCUUGUAGCACCGGCCGCACCAUCACCCGCUACUGUAUCCGCAGAGUUAACUGGCAGAAAAACGCCAACGGCUACAACAGGUGACGUAGUAUCAAUUGCAACAACACCAACUACAACCACAACUACAACUUCCAUAACACCGGUAAGUAGCGGCAGCGUUAAAAAGCGCGCACGCGGCAAUAUGUCACUUUACGAGCGCCGCUUUCAGACUGCCGAAACAGAGACGCGCACUGGCGCGGGCGUAGUUACGAACGGUUAUCUUAGUUCGACGCGCACCUCUUCCGCGUCGUCGAACGCCGUACAUUCGGACGCGGACAAUACACAGGACAUUACACAACAAUACUAUAUGCCACCGGCAUCAGCUUCCAACAGUGGGCUUGCCGGCAGCGCCAGCAACAGCGGCAGCGCUGUCGUUGUCACAAACCAAUUAGGCAAUGGCAACACACUGAAUCAUGCGCCAUCCAUGGCAACGCUGUGCAACAUUGGCAAUACGUGCUACCUAAAUUCGGUGGUGUACACUUUACGUUUCGCGCCACAAUUUUUACACAAUCUCCACCAUCUCAUAGUGGACUUGUCAAGUAUACAGCAGUGUAUUGCGCGUCAGCGCGCUGCAAAGUCCUCGUCAUUGGGGCGCGGCAUUAGCGCGGUGCAAUUGGAAAAUACACGCAGUUUCAGCAGUAAAGAUCUGGCAGCGCUCGAGCAGAAUGCGCUCAUGAGUACGAGCGUCUGCGGCGGCGGUAUCGGUCAGAAGAGCAGUCACCAAAUGUUGACGGAACGCUUGCAUGAGCUCUAUCAGUGCUUGCACCGCAAUGAGGUGGCCGAGUCGACGGAGCCCUUUCAUGCCGACACACUGCUACACGCGGUACAGGAUGUGAAUGCGAUUUUUGAGGGUAACCAGCAACAGGACGCGCACGAGUUUCUUAUGUGUUUGCUGAAUAGCAUACGCGAGACCUGUCAGCUGCUGAUCAAAGCUAUCGGCGAGUAUCCCGAUCUAAUAAUGAAUGGUUACAUACGCAAUCCCGACGAAUUAGACGGUUAUACUAGUGAACGCGACACUCACAGUGGCAACACCAGUAGCAGUAAUGCGCUCGGUGGUGGUGUUUCCGCUACUACCAGCGCCACCAAUUCUACGCUUUCUAGUCUCAGCGCAAGCAAUAUAACAAAAGCGUCGUUUUUCUCGCGCAAGUCCAAACGAAAAGACGAAUCGAAAAACUCCAAAAACACACGUCUGCAAUCACCGCUCAAGGAUGGGCAAAGCGGCGCGGGACUGCAGGCAACUGCGAACAGUCUCUUCUACUUGAAUUCAGUGGAUCUCAGCGGCGCCGCGGCGACGACGACCAACGCGCCAGUCACAGCGAACGCCAAUUCGACGGCUAGCAGCCCCAGCGCUCUAGUGAAGGGUGUGGCGAUCAACACCACGGGCACGGAAUCGAGCAGUGAACUCUCAUCACCGGUCAGCUCGUUGAAAGAUAAAGAGCGUUUGGCUGAGAAGAUACGUGAAUUGGGUUUGGACUUCUUCAGCGAGGACUUUGAAGGCGUUACCGUGUCUACUACGAAGUGCUUAAGCUGUGAAACGGUGACGGAGCAGAAGGAGAGCAUGAUUGAUAUUGCCGUGCCGGUGCCCAUUUCCGGCUACGAUUUAACCGACUACACUGACAAACCCAGCGCGUUUAUACAGAAUUCUUGCGUGACCCGUGAGUUUUUCCGCGGCGAAAAUAAAUAUCGCUGUGAACAGUGCACCGGCUACACCGAAGCCAUACGCUCCAUUUCGUAUGAAGUGCUGCCGCGUCUAUUAGUCAUACAAUUGAGUCGCUUCUCCGGCGGCAUGGAGAAGAUAAACAGUUACAUACCCACUUCCUUCACAUUGCAAUGCUUUUGUGCGAAAUGCUGCAAACUAAGCGAUGCCAACAAGCUGCACAUUUACAAAUUGUACAGCGUGAUAACGCAUGUGGGCGCCACCAUGUCCGUGGGUCAUUAUAUUGCCUACACGUGCUCACUUGACUGGGCCAACGAGUACGUGAACUGCCCGAAGGACAGACGCAAUGUCAACGCUAGCAAUAGCUCACAACAAAUGGGUGGCGCACAGGCGAACGGUUUAUCCAACAAUAGCCUCUACCCGCUGGGUGGCGCUGGCGGUUCGGCGGCAUCAGGUGGCGGCUCAACGCCCAACGAACGCAGCAGUCCCGGUAUACAAGCCGCCUCGGCGGCCAGCGCGGCGGCUUCGGUGCUCGCCUCGUCGGGUUCCAGUCUGAUGAAGAAGAUGAAGUUCGGUCGCAGCAAAGCGUCGAGCAGCGGCGAUAUGAGUAAGAACAUGAAAAAUUUGAAUGGCAUAACAAGUAAAACGAUUACGAAUGGCAUUGGCAAGCUGAGUAUGAACACGACAUGUCAUAGUUUGACGUGUUGCGCGACGCGCAUUUGUAGCGUGCAGCAGCAACAACAAUUGCAACAACAGCAGCAACAGUUGAGCGCCAGCAACAAUGAGUUGAGCGAGGAAACACUGCAAAACGGCUCGAAUCACGCGUCUUCCACGAUGAGCAUCAGUGGCAGCAGCAACACCGGCAUCGGCGGCAAUGGCAGCGGCAGCGCCACCGGUAGUGCCGGCAGCAGCACAACCAGCGGCUACAAUAGCUAUCCAGCCGGUUACGGUAGCACUGGACGCGGCGGCACAAAAGCCAGCGCACUCGGUGGCUAUGCAUCCAGUUGUGGCAGUCUGUCAGCGGCGGGCAGCAGCAAUGGCGAACCCAUGUGGUACAUGUGCGACGAUGAUAAAAUCAAAGCGAUGACACAACGUGAAUUUGAGGAAUUACUGUCGCCAGCGCGCAAAAUCACGGUGACACCGUACCUGCUGUUCUAUGCGCGCUUCGAUUUGCAGACAUCGACACCGUCUAGCGCUAAAUCCACCACGAAUGCGACGCAGCAAUCGGCCUGGUCCAGUGAGAAUUUGACACAGCAUCCAGGCGCCACGGCCGCAGCACUGCAUAAAAUGUGAGUAACGCUGUGUGAGUCGGCCCAACAGCAAAUGCAGUUACAGCAGCUGGACCAGCUAAUGGAUGCGGUGGCAUUGGCGGCGCAUAUGCGCAAAUCCAGACAGCAUAGUUGUACGCGACGGCGUUGCAAUUGUGAACAGGUAAUUUAAUUGGCGGCUGCGAUGGCGCGGGAAAAUGACAAACGCGCAGCGGUGAAACGUUAUGAGGUGAAGCGUAGGAGGCGUCGUGUGCCAGCAAGCACAAGUGAGCGAACGGCGAACGUUUGUUGUUGUGUUGGUUGUGAACGAAAAGAUUGCGCAACGGCCGCGCCAUCGUUGGCGAGUACACAUCAGCGUAUGCUCUUCACGCCAGCAUCUUUUCCCAUUGUGAUUGUGCUAAUUUUAAUUGUAAUUAUCAUAACUAUUAUGCUUAUUUGUAUACCGUAUUAUUAUUAUCGGCGUUAUUUUAGUAAAAUCCCAUACUAACACAUACACACUUAUAUAUACACAUACACAUACACAUAAGCGCUAAAUAUGCUAAUUAAAUAAUAUUUUCGCAUUUCACCAUUUCACUCAGCAAUUAAAUAUUAUUAUUGUACGUGGUAUACUAAUGAUAAGUGAUAUAUUUUUUUGUUAUAACAAUAUUCUUUAAUUACGUACUCUACUGUCAUAGGUAAAUAGCAAAGCGAUUGGAUUUCAUUUCACAUUUUGUUUGCAGCGUUUACCUUUACGUUUAAGUUGCUCUAAUUUAAGCAAGUAUGCAGCGUCCAGCCGGCGCUAAGCGCAGUUAUUUAAAUAUUAUGCAUUUAAAUAAUUUUCAGUUUAAUUUUUAACUCGUCCAUUCAUUUGCAUGUAACAUAUAGGCGCAUUAAAUAUAUUCAUUUUAUUUGAUUACUUAAAAAAAAAUCGACUAGUCAGGCUUAUUGAACACCGCGUAACACUGCGUACAACUGCGACUUGUCAAUUGUUUUAAUUAUUGCUAUAAUUGCAUACAAAUAGGGGCUGUACAGCUUUUGACAAAUCGCUAUUGUUGGUUGGCUUAUGUUGUUGUUAUUGUUGUGACAGCAUAAAACAGUUAAUUUUAUGCGCGUGCUACCGAAGUGACAAUCCCUAGUCGUAUAAAAACCGAGAGUCUAUUGCGCUUAUGUUUGGCCGACAGGUGUGAUUACGAAGUUUUUGGUAAUUCUUUUCAUGCCGUUAAAUUGCAUACGGUCGGUUUAUUUGGUAAUAUUUUCAAAGCCCUUAUUUACAUACUCACAUUUUACUUUAAUUUUUGUAAUCAUUAUUAUUAUUUUUUUGUUGGAAUUAAGCUAAGUUUUGACGCCUUUAAGUGAAUAUUUAGUUAAUUGUUUCCUUAUCAACACGCUAUCAUGAUGUUAUUAAACCAGUAUUUCAAAACGUAUUCAAUUUUUUAAACUGAUUUUGCAGUUCUAAAACAGAUUUUUAGUUUUAGUGCUUUGCACACUUCGAAAGCUUUGCUACUUCAUUCUUUGCAUGGUCUUUUGCUGCUGUCGUUGUCUAAAAAUGUUAAAAUUACACAAUUAAAUUAUCUAAAGUAUUUCCAUAUGAAAAUAUAAACUUUAUUUUAUUUCAAAAAAAAAAAAAUUGUUUUGUUAGAAUAAAUGAAACAGAAAAAAAACAAAUUGACUGAUUCCUCCCAUUUAUACAUAUUCUUAUACAAACCUAAAGGCAAUGCAAGAAAUUAAAAUAAAAAAAUCUAACUAAUCUAAAUACAAUUGGCAAGCAUUAACAAUGAAAAGAUUCUAUGUUUACAAUAAUAAAAAACAAAAAAAAACUACUUAAAAAGCCUUAGGCUUGUUCGUAUUCUACAACUAAUUGAUAAGUUAUGUUAUAGAAAACUGUUAAGAAAUAAGUGACAUAAAAAAACAACAACAAAGAAAAAUAUUUUAAAAUGUUACAUUUUAAACAAAUUACAAGAAUAAAGAAACAGCAUUAUUUAAUGAACGAGACGCUUGAAAGUUAUAAAGGUCUAUUGUUGAACGUAAAACGAGAUAAAGUUAAACAAAAAAAAAAAAAUGCUAUACACAUAAAUGCUAGUUUUACUUGUUUCUGCUUUCUUAUUUUACAAAGAAAUAGAUUUACAUUUGACUUUAUUUAAUAAAAACUAAUAAAUGCUAACUGUGAAGUCACAAUAAA